GAGGUCCGAAACAUCCUUGCCGACAUUGGCCUGACCCCGCAAAACAGGGAGGAAAAGUUCGAGGUCACUGAGUGCAUCAAUGAGAUGACCCAGAAAAUAGGCUGCGAGGAGUUCACUUUCGAGCCUUUUCUGGAGCUGUUGAAGGAAGUGCGAGAGCGUGUCCGUCAGGUUCAGAACGAAAAAAGCUGGAGGCUCUUCCAUGAAGCAGACGUGAAAGGGAACGACAGCUUGGAGAUCGCCGACGUCAUGACGCUCCUGGAGACUAAGCUGGGCCUCUUCUUGCGUUCGGCCGAGGAGAGCAGUGAGGCCCUGAACGUCUUGACCCAAUGCGACUCGGAAGCGAAAGGCGCUCUGAAUCUGGAGGAAUUCCAACUCUUCGUCCAGAAGGUCAGGGCCAAGCUGCUGACACUUCGCCGAAGAGAGGAGGUUUCCGUCGCAAAGAAGUUCCAACUGGAGCCGGAGAUUGUCAGUGAAUUCCGCUCCAGCCUUCCCUUUCUUUGGAAGGUCUUCGAGCGCUACUCCUUCGGCAAACCUGACCAAGGCCUGCGUAAAGAGGACUUGCUGCCCUUCAUGGUGGACAUCGGCACAGCACCACCGAACACGGAGGAGAUGCAGUGCCUUCCGCUGUUGGACAUCAUCAAGGAGUUCGCAGGGCAGUAUACCAAAUUUCCAGAUGUGCUGGAGCUCGUGCAAAAGGCUCGCGUGGCGAUCAGAGCCAGCCUAGAGGAGGACCUGACUGCCAGCUUCCGGCACUACGACCGGGACGGCAGUGGUGAAUUAAGCUUCCAAGAGAUCUACGGCAUCCUGGAGGAAUUUGGAAUGCUGCCGCGGACGAAGGUUGAGCAGCACGAG